AUGACAACGAUUAGUAGUAAUGAUGAUAAAGAAUCAACGCUUGUUGUACAUUUUGAUCGCGAUUGGAAGUUUCUUCGUUUAACGAAGGCUCAAACGAAUGAAGAAUUUAUUUCAAAGAAUUACAAUGAUCAAUCGUGGGAAUCGAUCGAUUUACCACAUCAAGAUACUGUCAAGCUAUCAUGUCCUGUCUGUUAUCGUAAAAAAUUCGAGUGGAGAAACAAACCUGAUCAUCAACAACAUAUUUAUUUGCAUUUCAAUCCGAUCGAAACCGGAAACGACGACGAAAGUGAAGACAACAAAAUACCUUCAGCUACGGUUUGGUUAAAUGAAAAGAAAAGCUAUUCGGGUACUUUGUCAAAGCCGAUCGAGUUAACGAAUGAUUUACAAAUCGAUGCAGAUAAUUUUCUCGUUAUUUAUUUAACAGAAGGUCAUACACUUUCAUUGAAUGCUCGAAUAUGUAUGCCACGCGUAUGUGUUGGUCAAGUCAACUACGAUGAUGUUAAUCAGUCCACACCGAGAAGCCGACGACAGUUAUUGGAUUACACAGCCAGUUUCAAUGAUGCUGACGGACUAAUCAAUGUCUUCAUUGACUCGUUUCGACAUAAAAAUAAAGAUAUUUUGAAAAGCACAUUCCAUGCAAAUGAGGAUAGUGUAUGUGAACAUGCGACUGGUACUGGACAAUCUACUAUGGAAACGAUAUUAGAAACAGGUCCAGUACCACGUGUAGCCAUUCUAAUGCUUAUCGUCGGUACGCGUGGUGAUGUUCAACCAUUCAUCGCUCUUGCCAAAGCAUUGCUCGCUUGUGGACAUCGAGUUCGUCUCGCUACACAUGAAACAUUCAGGAAAUUCGUGCGAGAAAACGGAAUCGAGUUCUAUCCAUUGGCGGGUGAUCCUGCUGAUCUGAUGUCGUUCAUGGUGAAGAACGCUGGAAUUGUUCCAUCAGUGAGUAGUAUUGUGGCUGGUGAUGUUGGGAAAAGUCGUCGCGUAAUCGGCGAGAUACUUGCGUCAACAUGGAAAGCAUGUAUUGAAGACGACGAUGAAACAGGUGUACCAUUCGUUGCUGAAGCAAUCAUUGCAAAUCCACCAUCGUACGGUCAUAUACACUGUGCACAGAAGCUGCAAAUACCAUUGCAUAUGAUCUUUACCAUGCCAUGGUCGCCAACAACACAAUUUCCUCAUCCAUUUGUUAAAGUUGAUUAUGAAUUCAGUCCUAAAGAUACGAUCAAUGUAUUAUCAUACGAUAUUCUUGAAAUGUUAACAUGGACAGGUAUGCGUGAUCUGAUUAACGAAUUUCGUAAAGAUGUUCUCGGUUUGUCUCCAUUACAUACACGACAAGCUGUUCGUUUACUGAUUGAUGAACACGUUCCUUUUACAUAUUGUUGGUCACCUUCACUUGUUCCCAAACCAGUCGAUUGGCCUGACUACAUUGAUAUAUCAGGAUUUUUCUUUCUUGAUUUAGCAACAAAUUACAAGCCACCGGAGGAUCUGAUGGAGUUUUUAGAAAAAGGUGAUCCUCCUAUCUACAUUGGUUUUGGUUCCAUUACUGGCCAUGAUCCUCGACGUAUCUUAAAAAUAAUAUUAGAAGCACUGGAUGCUACAGGAUAUCGAGCAAUAAUAUCUGGUUUAGCAAAUGAGGGCGAAAAAUUACGCGAGAAUGUGUUCGUCAUUGGUAACUGUCCACAUGAUUGGUUGUUUCAGCAUGUAUCAGCUGUUUGUCAUCAUGGCGGUGCAGGUACAACUGCAGCUGGUCUACGCGCCGGAAAACCAACGAUCAUUGUUCCCUUCUUUGGUGAUCAGUUCUUCUGGGGAAAUAUGAUUAAUAAAAGUAAUGCUGGGCCACAGCCAAUUCCUGGCAAGCGUUUGAAUUCGAAGGACUUAAUUGAAGCAUUCAAAAUAGCGCACGAACCAGGUACGCGUACCGCUGCAAAUGAAUUACGAGUUGCUUUCCAAAAUGAGAAUGGCUGUGCGGCAGCUGUUCAAUCUUUCCAUGCACAUCUUCCACUGAGCAAAAUGCGCAGUGAUCUGGAAUCGUCAUUUGCUGCAUGUUUUCGUUUGAAUGAGUACGACUUACAAAUAUCGCGUCCUGUUGCUCAAGUACUGAUUUCCGCAGGGGCAAUCAAAGAAUCUGAUUUAACACCAUUAGCAACUCGUGAUUGGUAUGCAGCAACAUAUGAUGGUCGACCACAUUUACCCAUACACGGUUUUAUGAAACAUGGUCAUAAAGCAUUAACAAGUUUAUUUAUCGAUACAGCACAAGGUCUAAGACGAGCAGCUGGCUCGAACAGUUUAACAACAGGUACAUUAGACGGUGCAGAAAGUAUUGUGAGGGGUGUAGGAAAAAGCAUUGGACACGUAUAUAUCGGUUGUCUUUCAUUUUAUGGCGAAAUCACGGAUGCACUGGAACGCUUACCAAAGUUAUAUGAUCCGUAUUCAGAUUCAGAUAAACGCAAACGACCACAGGUCGAAGACUUUAAUUCUGGUGCUCGAGCAGCUGAACAUUCUAUAUGGCAUGGAUUUAAAGACGGUGUAACAGGACUUGUCAAUAAACCCCGAACAGGUUACGAAAGGCACGGUGUGUUAGGUGGAGCAGCAGGUGCUGCUAUUGCUAUACCAAAUGUUGUUAUUAAACCAGUUGUCGGUACACUCGCCUCAUUAACUUGGCUUGGUCGAGGUAUUUAUGCUGAAGCCAAACACUUAUCACACCAUAGAAGUUCCAAUUCAGAUGGUCGAUUGUCCGUAUUCACUCCGGGACAUCGACGAUCAUCGUCAGGUUCAUCGAUGACUACCAAAGAAAGUUCGCCUGAAGGUCAAGCGUCAUUACUAUCUGGCUUACAAAUCGAAGUGUGUAAACAAAUUCUCACAGAAUUUGAACGUAUUAAAUAUGACCACAGCACGCGAUCAUCCUCGUCAUCAAUCAACGAACAUGAAAAUUCGAAGGAAACGAAGAAGAGUCACAAAUUAAAGAAACAUCUUUUUCAACGACAACGUAGCCAUUCUGCGGCACCUCAUUAG